CUCUCAAAAAGCCCUAAAAAACCAAUCACUAUUAGAUCAAAAACUUACCUUUCCGAUCGAUCAAUUCGCUUCUUUACAUUCUUACCUAGGAUCUCCAACAGAUUAAGAUCUAUGGCUCAGAUUAACUUUGAGGGUUUGAGAGAGCUACACGACUGCGUAAACUAUCUCCUUGAUCACUGUCCGAAAACAAGAGAAUCUAUGUCUCAACAAGGACAGGAUAAGUGGACGGAGCAAGUUUCAGAAGCUUCAUUGAGGAUGUUAGACAUCUGUAACAUAUCCAAAGAUGUGAUGACACUCGUGAAACACAACUUGCAUGAUCUACAACUGAUUCUACGUGGCAACGAAUCAUCUGAUGUCAACGAGAAGAUCGCUGCUUAUAAUCGGUAUAAGAACAAUCUCAAGAAGGAGACGCUGAAAUGCUUAAAUUGUCUGAAGAAUAUGAAAGGAAGCGGAGGAAGAGUGGACAUGCCAAUAGAGCAGAACCUUCUGUUUGUAUCUGAGGUUUUGAAUGAAGUUAGAAGAGUCGUUGUGACAAUGGUCGAGUCUUUGUUCUCGCUUGGUUGUAUUCCUUGGCUAGAGAAAAGAUCGAGCAAAGGGUCUUUGUCUUCGAUCUUUACCAUUCGGUCUUCGUAUUUGUUAGAUGAUGCAUGGGAUGAGACCGCGGUGCAAAGUGCGACCACGAGGUUGGAGGCGGCGGAGAUUGCAAUAGAGGAGCUUGAGAUAGAGUUGGAGUCUAUUUUCCGGCGAUUGAUUCAGACGAGAGUUUCACUUCUUAAUAUUCUCACCAACUAGAUAAUUUAUGAUAAUAUUUGCUUAGAUUUUGCUUCAAGCGGACAUGCUUAGUUAACAUUACGUAGA